GCGGGAGCGCGGCGCGGAGCGGCGGCAGCCCGGGUGGCCGAGGGCGGCGAGCGCGGCCGAACUACUUCAGCACAUAAGUCUGGCAGAAGAUCACUCCUCCACCCUGGCCACUGACUUAAAAAGCCAAACAAAACAGAAACCCACUUUCUGCCAGCUUGAAUCUGCUUCACAGAGGACGUUAUGAAGGCUGUGCAAGGGAGGACAUAGAACUAUGAAGGUGCUGCACAGGACCAUGGUCAUUUACUGUGGUGGUCCAGUGAAGAUCUAGGUGGGGGGCCAUGGCUGAGGAAGAAGGCAAAGCAUCUGUGCUGAGACAAGGGCUCAGCAGCCUAUUAGCAAUUUCUGCAGAUGUUCCAAGGAUGCAGAAAACUGGGUGAUGGAGAAAGCCAUAUGAAAGAAAUGUGAAAAAAUGAAGAAAAAUAGAUUUUAAAGGGACCUGUAUCAUCACAAAGACUGAAAGUCACCACAAAAUGAUGCACAAUGAGAACAUGUUAUGGUUUUUCAAUACAGAGUCCACACUGGUUUCAUAUGUGAUGAGGAGACAAGCAAACAGUGGAGAACAGCAGUAGAUACAAUGCAGAUAAGCAAGAAAGAAAAAUUAAGGAUGAAAAGACGGAGCUGUUUCUAGGAAAUCAGAUGGUACACUUGGAAAUAACAGCAUAAAGGCUUCUUAUUUUAAACAACUAUUGAUUACACCCUGAGGAUUUUCACCAAUUCCACUUGAUACUGCUUUUAAAAUGUGCAAAUGAUAAAUGCUUGAAACGCCUUCUACUAAAGACAGCAGCAAAACUCCCAUGAACUGGCUGCAGACUUUUAUGGAACCUACUCAAGCGCUGAUCUUUGAAUGGAAAUAACAGAAAAUUUCAAGAAAUGGAAGCCGCUGCUAGUAAAAGAAGAAAAGCUGAGUAUCAUCAGGGUUAAUAGCUCCUAUUUGAGAUCCAUGAAUGAUUACAGAGUUACUUUUCUAUAUCGAACUUUCAAGUUUCAUUAAUACUAUGCUGCCUCCCCAGGACACAGGUGCACUCACGGUACCAAGGCUAUCGGUUCGUCACAUGGAAUAGAAGAGCUAGAGGAACAAUGCCUUCUAAGGUCUCAUGUUUAUAUAUUUUGACAGUAGUUUGUUGGGCAAGUGCUCUUUGGUACCUAAGUAUAACUCGUCCUACUUCUUCCUACACGGGCCACAGACAGGUCAGCAGCAUAUCCAUAGCCAGAAAAAACGUUUCCUUUGGAAACAUAAGAACUCGACCUAUAAAUCCACAUUCCUUUGACUUCCUUAUCAAUGAACCCAACAAAUGUGAGAAGAGCGCCCCAUUCUUGGUCAUUCUUAUCAGUACGACUCACAAAGAGUUUGAUGCAAGGCAAGCCAUUCGAGAAACGUGGGGCGAUGAAAACAACUUCAAAGGAAUUAAAAUCUCCACUCUGUUUCUUCUUGGAAAAAAUGCAGAUCCUGUGUUAAAUCAAAUGGUAGAGCAAGAAAGCCAAAUUUUUCAUGACAUUAUUGUGGAAGAUUUUAUCGACUCUUACCAUAACCUCACUCUGAAAACGUUGAUGGGGAUGAGGUGGGUAGCAACAUUUUGUUCGAAAGCGAAGUAUGUUAUGAAGACAGACAGUGAUAUUUUUGUAAAUAUGGACAAUCUUAUUUAUAAGCUGCUCAAACCUAACACCAAGCCAAGGAGAAGGUACUUCACAGGUUAUGUUAUAAACGGAGGACCAAUAAGAGAUGUUCGCAGUAAGUGGUACAUGCCCAGAGAUUUGUAUCCCGACAGCAAUUACCCACCCUUCUGUUCAGGCACUGGCUACAUUUUUUCAGCUGAUGUAGCAGAAAUGAUUUACAAAACCUCCCUUCAUACCAGACUUCUACAUCUUGAAGAUGUGUACGUUGGACUCUGCCUUCGGAAGCUGGGCAUCCACCCCUUCCAAAACAGUGGCUUCAAUCACUGGAAAAUGGCCUACAGCUUGUGCAGGUACCGCAGGGUGAUCACAGUGCACCAGAUAACACCGGAAGAAAUGCACAGAAUUUGGAAUGACAUGUCCAGCAAGAAACACCUUAGAUGUUAAGAUUUUUACAAUUGUAAAUACCUUUUUUAAAGUUUUGGUUGAGUUUGGUUAUUUUUUGACAAAGUGAUCUGCUGAUUUACAGGUUAAACUGUGGGAUAUUAACUGUGAAAGGAUUUUUAAUGACUGAUUUUUCAUUCUCACUUUGACUACUGGUUUACAAACUUCAGGCUCUUUUUCUUAAGGACAUUAUGCCAACUGAAAGAAUCUGGAGUCAAAUCUCAGAUUUUGUAUAUUAUCACCUAUUGCACAUAUCCAUUCUUGCAUCUGUGUGUAAAAGGACAGUAAUAAACUAUUAUGAGCUGCUUAACAAUUCACACCCCAGCCUCUGAGAUAAGACUCAGGCUCUAAGAAAUGAAGAACUACAAACAUACUUUUAUUCUUCUUUUGACACCCCACAACCAUCUCUAUUUAGAGCCUUGUUAAUAAAUUAAGCAGCAAACAUUUGCACUGAACUUAUAUACCUACUUUGACAUGUGUAUUUUAUAGUACGUGUGCAAUUCCCAAAUAGCUUACUAAUGGUGUAAUAGCAGAAUUUAGACAGGUAAGAACAUCAGAGUUUCACUGGCCUUAGAAACAAACCCACACACUGAAAUAAUAUUUUCACCCACCAAAUGGCAUUUAUUUAAAUUAUUUCAGAAUAACCCAUUUCUUUACACUUCUUAAAAUAGCCCAUAAAAUAUGUAACACAAUUUAAAAAUUAAGUAAAUCUGUAGGUGAAAUAAGACAGAGGAGACAUAUGAAAAAAUAUCUUUAAAAUAUAUGAGAAAAGCAUGAAUAUCUUAACUUAUAAUUUCAAAGCAAGGCAAUGUCUCUCAUUAGUAUUAAUGGAUUCUCCAUGAAACACCUUGAAUAGCAAUAUAUAAUUAUACUGAAUGCUAAAAGUGUCAAUAAGCAGCAUAUUUCAACAUCAGUCAGUGCACUAUUUAUCUGAAAACAAGUAACAGAAAAGCAGCUUUUUAAGGGGAAGCUUUACUUUUUGCUGCAGUACAUAUAGAAACAAGAUUCUAACAGAUUUUUAAUGGUGUAGAAAAGAGGAAUUUAGCCCAAUAAAAGAAUGCAAUCAAUUUUCUGUUGACUGGACAUACAACAGAGUACAUAACAUGUAUCUACAAAUUUCACAGCAAAAUAGAGGGUUUUAAAGGAAAAAAAAUAUUAAAAUUACACAAAUUCUAUCCUUUUUAAAAACCUUUUAAAGUUCUCAGUUUACUCAUCACAGUCAAUACUCACUGAGGUCCCACUCAGGAGAUCAAGUACACAAGAUUUAUUCAAGUUUCAUAACAUGCUUAUAUGUAUUUUAAAUAUUAAUGUUUAUGAAAUGUCAUGACAACUCUUUGAUAAAUUCAGGCCAUCUCUAUUCAGUACCACCUUACAACAAGGAGCUGAAAUAUGAUAUUGCUCAGCAAAUAACUUGGAAUGAAGAACUCACACACAAGUUACAAAAAACAAA